UCAACAAGUGAAAGCCACAUAAACUUGAAAACCUUUUUGGAUAGAAAGAUAUGUCAUCGCCGCCGCCGCCGCCGCCGCGGCCGCAACUCCCCGACGACCUGAUUGCGGAGGUCCUAUCAUGGCUUCCGGUGAAACAUCUCAUGCGACUCAGGUGCGUGUGCAAGUCCUGGAACACUCUCAUCAUCUCCGAUCACACCUUCAUCAAAUUGCACCUUCACAGAUCGGCACUGCACAAACCCCACCUCUUGUUAGAGUGGAAUGACUCUAUCUUCACCCGCAGUUUCUGCGUCACACACUUUUCCGGAUCUCGUUUGGUUGAGAAUCCAUCGAUCAUCUCACUCCCCGAUGUCACUCCGAAACGAGAUGAUAUCUACACCGUCGUUGGUUCUUACAAUGGGUUGGUGUGCUUGAACGGUUGUUGUGAUUCUGCAUACUCUGGGUUAGGACGAGAGGAAUGGAUCUGUUUCUGGAACCCGGCGACGAGGUUAAUGUCUGAAAAAUUAGGGUCUUGUCGUGUUGAUAACAAUAGUUUUAUAAAGUAUAACUUUGGUUAUGAUCAUUCAACAAAUUCUUACAAGGUUGUUAAGUUUGUUACCACCCAUUUAUCAAACAAUGUGAGCAUCAGGAUUUACAUCUUGGGUGAUAAUGUUUGGAGAGACAUUCAAAAUUUUCCCCUGCUUCCUUUACACUUAAAUUGUAUAGGUCUAAAGUUUUGGGUGCAUUUGAGUGGCACUCUUAACUGGAUCACAUCUCGUAAUGAAUCCGCUAGUUGUUAUAAUCGAGAGACUAUUACUGUUGAACAACUUGCGAUUCUUUCGCUUGGUCUUGGGACGGAGACGUGCACCCUCUUGUCACUGCCUAAGGGUUUUGAUGAAGUGCCUUGUGUGCUGCCAAGUAUUGGGGUUUUGAUGGACUGUCUGUGCUUUUCUCAUGACUUGAAGAAAACCCAUUUUGUUAUAUGGCAGAUGAAGAAGUUUGGGGAUGCAGAAUCUUGGGUUCAAUUACUCAAAAUUAGUUAUCAGGAUCUUCAAAGGGAGCCCCUUGAUGAAACCCCCUAUACUCACUAUCAAUUAGUUCCAUUGUACCUUUACAAUGGUGAUACGUUCAUAUUGGCCAGUUCUGGAGAUGAUGAUGAUGAUGAUCAAGCAAUACUAUAUAGUAAGACAGCUAAUACAGUACAGCGAACUGCACUUACAACUACUACAACAGAAAAAAUACUUUGGUUCCUUGCCUCCGAGUAUGUUGAAAGCUUGGUUUCACCAUUGAGAGUUGGAUCUUCUACAACUGUUGCUUGACUAAAUAGAUGUUGAUGUAGCAGAGAAGCUUGACUACUCAUCUGCUGUGGUUCCUGUUGGAUACUCCCUCAUUUUAUCCAUCUUACGAUCGUUCAAUGUUAGGCUACCAGAGUUAUGGUUUCUGCUCCAUUGAUUGCUUUUGUGAUCACCCAUGUCAUGGACAUCAAUUUCUAUAAACUAGAUUACCGUAUGUCCGGUCAUGUAAUCUUUAUAUUAUUGCUGAGGCUGACUUGAAUGUAAGAUCCAUGUUCUCUCUUCCAGAAAAAACUGCUUUGAGCUCUGUUAGUUUUCUAUGCCAUUCACUUCUGUAGUUUCUGCUUUCCAUUGCAAGGUUAUUGACAAGAAUUUUAUCAUCUUUCUUUGAACCCAUUCAUGAGUAUGCUUAAGUGGCAGCAGUAAGAUCUGCUUUGUAGAAGUCUGUGGAUUGGAUUUGAUUUGAAAAGAUACCGUCUUAGUUGUUACUUGUUAGAAUUGCACAAUUGAUACAGUACAUUAAGUAAGUGAUUCAGAUGAUGUGAUGAAUCACAUUUGGUUUUGAAUCAUGUGAUACAUGUGUAUGAGCCAGCGUGAUUCCAUAAUUCAACAACGCUUGUUAUUGUUCUUUGUUGUUAUUUUGAAAUAGAGGCUUUACACAAUUAUUCAUUCA